AGAUUGACCAGUAGAUGGCGGCGAAAGCACAUCCACCGAAACACAACCGUUGUAGAGACUCAUUGAUGAUUUAAUGUAAAAAUAAGCACAAUUUUAGCAUAACUUUGCCAGACGUGAAACACGGAGAGUGCUUUCGGGUUAGAAGACUUAAGGUGAGCGUAAUUGUGUCUUUUAACGGCAGCCAUGUUGACACGGUCAUGUGUCUUCAUUAGAACUUGUUGAGAGGAAGAUGGUGAAGCUGCGGUCGGAGGUGAAGAUGUCUGGUGGAUGCUGAGCACCAUCAGCAGCCGUCUCAUCCUCACAUCCACCCUCCUACAGCAGAUGAGCAAACAUGGCCGCGGAGGAGAUCGCCCUGUAGCAGCACAGAGAGGAGGAAUAAAACAACACAGGUAAAUAAAACAAACACGGACAUUAUAUGGGGGAAAAAACAGGGCCUGCGUGGUAUUCAAUCACACGUGAGAGGUGUGUAGCUUCAGCCACAAAGACUUUCGUUCACCAAAACAAGCUACAGGUAAAAGAUUCGUCAUUUAAUCGUUCAAAUUGUGGGAUUAUUUACCUAAACGCAUCAUUUUGAUUCAAGUGCUUCCUCACAUGUUCUUUUUUUCUCUCUCGUUGUUCAUUGCUUUAAUAUUUAAUGAGAGAAAAACGUCAUUGUAUUCGUUUAUUUUUCCUCUACAGAUGAAAUGGCGUUCAUGUCCCGGUUCUCCAGGUCCCGGAGCAGCUCCAGGUCUCCGAACCGAAAGGACUCCGAGCGUGUCUCCCCGAUCCUGACCGUAUCCGAGCUGGAGAGGCUCCUUUGCACAGGAAAAACAGCAUGUAACCAUGCAGACGAAGUGUGGCCACGGCUUUAUAUCGGAGAUCAGUGAGUAAACACAAAGCAAACUCACCUGAUAUACCUGAAAAGAGCAGGUCUUUGUGGUGGAAAUACGGGGGACAGGGGUCGGUUUCAACUAUGUUCCAUACCAAUUAUUACCUAAAUCUAACUGCUAAUUAUCCUUGAUUUAGGAAUCCCUAUUGCUUACAGGUUGAAGCAAACACAAUAGGUGUUGCAUCUGACAUUAAGAGAUGGAGACCUUUGCAUUUUACAAAUAGCCUAUAGUAAUUUUCACUUAUUAGCUGCACUACUUAUCCAUUUUUGCCCUUUUAAGCAUUGAUUAACUACAAACUGUAUUAAUUAAUUGACCAUGUAGAUUGAUCAAAAUGAACUAUUUAUAAGGAAGGCCAAAACAGGCAUGCAUCUGCACCUAUAUUUCUUCAAUUUCUCUGUGAUUGUUAGCUAAUUUAAAGGUUUUUAGCAUAAUUAUUGGGUAACAAGGACAGUAAAGAGUCCAAGAAGAGGAGAAAAGAGAAUAAAAGGGAAAAAAAAAAGGUGUCAGUGUGAGACAUGUAAAAAGCUUAAGUGUGAGAGUGUCUGAUAAUAAGCUGUGAAAAAUCUCCUCUCCCUCCUGCAGAGAUAUCGCAUCAGACCGGCGCGAGCUGGCCAAACUCGGCAUCACACACAUCCUGAACUGCGCUCAGAGUAAGUGGCGAGGUGGAGCCGAGUAUUAUGCUGGGAUGAACAUUACGUACCACGGCAUUGAGGCGCACGACUCACCGACCUUCGAUAUGAGCGUCAACUUCUAUCCUGCAGCUGAGUUCAUCCACAAAGCCCUCACAAAUGGAGGUUAGUCUGCAGACACACGUGUGAAAUAUGCUCUUUAUGAAGUCCUCCAAAAUGUAAAUAAGUCUACAAAUCUGCAAAGAAGAGUUCAGUGCACUGAGGUUAUGUUAUUUAUAGUAAAGAAUAAUAUUCAUAUUACAAAAGCUUUGUCUCACAUUUGGCCUGAUAAUCUCUGUGAAAUACAAAAUGAUACAGGGCAAACCUACAGCGUUAGAUUUUUUUUAGCCACCUGUGGGUUGAAAACAGUCUCCUGGAACAAUCAGCCAAAGUAUUAAGGCUUCUUUGUCUUUGAGAGUUUGAUUUCUAGGUCUCUUUUGUGAAAACUGAGUCAGAGCAAAGGUAGAAAAGAUAAGUAAAUCUGAUCUCCCUUGAGGCCAUUUCAAAGUGCCUCUUAACUGUCAGGAUUUGUAAGAGCAGCAGCAAUAGUUCAGAGAAAGCUAGACUGGUGUUGUAAUUCUUGAUGGUAGACAGUAAAAAAGAAAAGAAAGGACAAGGACGCAGUAGGACUCAGAUUUGUACACCCAGUACAAAGUGUUUGGCUUGCAGCUUAAGUGUUAUUGUAAUUUUCCACCUGAAGCCAUUGUCAGUUUUACACAUUGCGUCUUGUCAUGCAAAUUGCUAAAAAUCUUGCACCCACGCUAUUGCCCAGGGGUAUGUUGGUCUUAAAAAGUGUUGUAGUCAAAUUUGAAGGUGCAAAGGUAUUGCAGCUUGAUUUUCUAAGGAAAGUGUGUUGGAAAAACAUUCAACAAGAGAGCAGAUUAAAUUUAAUCAAGUGCAUUUGUAUUCUUUUUUUUAAAGGUAAGGUGCUUGUCCACUGCACUGUGGGAGUGAGCCGCUCAGCAACUCUGGUGCUGGCCUACCUGAUGAUCAGGCAGAACCUAACGCUGGUGGAGGCCAUCAAAACGGUGAAAGACCACAGAGGAGUCAUCCCCAACCGAGGCUUCCUCCGUCAGCUCAAUGGCCUGGACGGCAUCCUGAGAGAGAGCCGUAAGACAUCACCACAGAGCUGAAAAAAAUCUUCAACACACACAUACAGGCCUACCUACCAAACAGAGGACUAUAAUCGUAAAUUGAUCAAGUGUGGACUUUUGUGCCUGCUCAUUCAAAAUUACAAAAGUUAUCGGAAGCUUUACUUUUUACCAUAAUAUUACAGAUAAAAUUCUCUAUAAACUCUAUUAACUGCAGGCACCUAUUGCGAAAUCUGUUCAUAUUCAUUCGAAUGAUUUUAAAACAAUUUUGAGAUGAUUUAAAGCAUGACCAAAACAGGGCCUCAAAAAUAUUCCCUUUUCAUCAAAGGUCCUCUGUUGGUGAAUGUGGCACAGUACAAAAGUCCCCUGUUUGAUAUAAACACAAGAGCUUGUACACACAUUGCUGCAGAAAGCAGUCCGUCUACACACUGCUGGGAGUUAUUGGGACCAAAUUAGAUGCAAAGUUGUUUCUGAAACUAUGCUUCUGUAGCAGCAGGUGAUAGCAAAGUUACUGAUGUUUAAUAAGUCAUAAGUUCAUUUUUUUUCCAGCUUGUUAUAAUUAGGGUUUUAUGUCCAUGAAGAAAACUUGAGCACUUAAUGGUCAAACAGAAGUUACUAAUCCUGAAGGAACUCUCAAGACAGAUUUAUAAAAUCACACAACAAUAAGAAGAUAAAAAGAUAACAUAUGUGGAAGUCAUAAAUUUGAAAUAUACAAGAAUAUCAAAUUAUACCCUACAUUAGGCUAUGCCUCCUGGGUUACGCAAAAUCUGGAUGGACAUAGGUUAUGGUGCAAAAACAAAAUGUAAUCCUUUCCUUAUGAAAUUAUGUUUAUCGGUUAAAAUCUUGACUAUUUCCAAUAUUUGCUUUUUGACAUGAAAAUACAGUGUUAGAGACCUUCUUGCCUCUGAAAAUUGAAAAAAAUGAGGUCUGACAUAACUGACUGAAAUGUCACUGAAAAAUCCUUUUUGACCCUCCCAUUUCUCUAAAUUUCAACAAAAAGUUGUCAAAUCUAAAAAAAGGAAAUGUUCAAAUUUUACCUUCAUAAUACUUAGUUAAAGAAAAUUGGACAUUUAGAAACACCAAGGGCUUGAAAUAGAAAGGAAAAUGAAAAACAUACCUUGUUUUACAGCAGGUAAACAGUGACAGAAAAGUUAGGGGACUAAAAAACAUUUCUGUCCACUUUUAUAUAAUCAAAUUCUUCUUUUUUUUUUGGGGGGGGGGGGGGGGGAUUAAGGUUACCAGGAAGCUGAAAAAAAAAACUCGCCACAAAACUCUGACAUCCCUGAAAAUCCAAUUUUCUAUUUUCUAUUCUCUGCAUGUCCAUAUUAUCUUGUCUGCCUUUCAAAUAUACACUGCCAAGACAAGAUAAAAACAAACUUUAAAAAUGAAAUUCUCAAACUAUCAACAUCUCAAAAAUACAUUCAACCCCUCAGUUUCAGCAGAACAACAGAGGUCAGGAAGUUUUUCUAAAUUGCUGGAAACCACUUUUAAGGAGAUAUAUAAAUACUGAAAGUGUUUUUUUAAACUCAAACUAAUCAAACUUCUUUCCAUUCUAAUUAGUUUAAACUUUGUGAUUCAUUACUUUUACACCCAUGGUAAAGAAAAAAUGGAAGUUGUUAAUAUUCUGCAAAAUCAAAUGAUUCUUUUUCUUCUUCUUUCUGGAACUUCUCCUCUUGUUUCAGAGAACUUUGCUGUUUUUUGUAGAGUAGCGGAAAUCUGUCAGUAUACAGCAGUGUCGUGACAGUUUAAUGUGUGUAUGAAGAUCAUCCGACAGCUGUCUCAAAAACUAUUUAAUCGAGGUAAAAUCAGUGAUAUCGUGCUUGUCAAGAUGGUUCACUACAGUUUUGGUAUUCGCAGGUCUUCCCGCAACUUACUGUUUUAUAUUCACAAGUGUUAUUAGGAACAACUCAUGAACUAGUUGUAGCCCAGGUCUGAACCAGCACAGCUAUGUAGCCUGUUUAUUCAAAUAUCAUGUUGUCAAAAUCUGUACACAAUGAUUAUCUCUAAUGACAGUAUAAUACCAUGUUUGGUGUCUUUCUGGGGGUGUUAAAGUCCAGUCUAUAGUCUCAAGUGAAAUAUCCUGUUCAUAAGAUAUUUUGCUUGGGAUAAACAAACUUUGUCCGGUCCUUACAGAUUUUAGCCACUUUGGACUGGAUUAGCGUAACAGGCAGGUGGAGGAUUUGAUUUUUGUAGUGCUCCUCCGACCUCGUAGUUUUUGGGUCCAUCUCCCCGAUUGUUGUUGUAGUGUUGAACUGCUUUGUUCCAGGUUUGAAAAUAUUGAAACUGAAAAGGCUGAAUACUGAAAAUCCAGUCAGACAUUGGCAAAAACAGCCAAUGAUAGCACACAACCACUCCCUAACUAGAAAUAUCAUUUAGGAGACUCUCAGGAUGUAGUCGCCAUGAUGGAUGUCCAAGAGCUUUAGCUGGCAGUAACUUUGGCUUGACAGUGGUUAAAUGUUUACGUUGGCCAUGACUAAGUUUGUUGAUCCUUUAGUUAGCGGUUAAAGUUUUGAAUUAUCAGCUGUGCGCCUCAUAUCCAGAGGCUACAGACCUUGUUGCAGUGGUUGCUCGUUUGACUCCAGGUCAUGGCCUUUUGCCGCACAUCAUUUGCCACUUUCCUCUCCCUCAUUGUUUCAAGUCUCUCUUGGCAAAAGUGUCAAAAUAAAUUUGGUUUGGUUUCAUAUGUGGUCUGGAUUUUCUCCUCACCACGUCUCUACACUCUCUGGUCACCUUAGAAAUUAUAAAACAAAUGAUUCACCAGAUUCCUAACACUUACCUGAGCAAACCUGGAAUACAGCAGUUCCACAUGUUCCCUCUAUUGGCCUUUGAAAAUAUUAGCUCUUUGUUUAUUUCCUGACUUGUGUAGGGUUGACUGCCCGGUCCCGAUGAUAACCCCCCCCCCCCCACACACACACACACACACACACACACACACACACAAACCCUCUACAGUAAUUAAUCCAGUCCAGUCCAAAUGGUGAGCUGGACUCACGGUACUCUGACCUGACACUGAGAAAUCUCUAGUUUAGAGUAUUACUUCAUCUUUACAGUGACUGUUAGCUGUCCAGAAUCGUACUCUAAGUGAUAGUUAAUCAUUCUAUUAUAUAUUCGUAUGACGCAUAUACAGUAGACGAGCAGUGGAAGAAAAUACCACACAUGUGCCAUUGCUAAAGCUACAAACUGCCUGGACCACGGGAGAGUACAGCGUUUAGAGUUGUUCGCCAGUCUUGCAAAGUCCGCUGUUUAGUCUCAGUGUUAAACGAGGCUGAUGUUUUCCUGUUAAUGGAAAACAAUAGAAGAUCCUAUGCUGAAUUCUAAACCAGCUUUUCAGAUAUCCUCCUCUGUGUUUUGUUAAUAAUUACCUCAAAUAUCACUUUGUGAACAUUCUUCGUGACUUGUGGUUUUUGUCCGUGCUGUUAAACGCCACUGCGAAAGAACACGAGGAGACGAAAAGAGACAACUUUGUAAUGAGCGGAAGAAAUGUAAAUAAGAGCUGAUAAGUAAAUAUGUAUAGCAUGAGGAGAUUUAAAAGCGUAAUUACAUUUUUGGGGCGAAUUUAUUGAAAAUUGUCCUGCUGAGAGUUUGAUCAAGUGAGUGAUGUGACUGUCAGAAGUCAGAAGGGGUGAAUCAGGGGGUUAUGAGCGUAAGUCGGUUUUAUUGAAAGACUGAAAGCAGGAGAGAACAGAUUUUUUUGUUCCCUCUAGAGCUUAAAAUAUGUCUGACAUCAUCUCUCAAAGCUUUUAAGGUUUUUUUUUAACAUGUAUUGCUCACUAUCUCCCUGGGCUGGGACCAAAAAGAUAUUUUCCUGUACAUUACUCAGCUGCCGUCAUGUUUGGACUACAUAUCAAAUAAUCAUUGGAUAUGUUGGUCAACAUAGAUGCCCAAAUUCAUUUAUUACAAUCUUGGCAGCACUAGCUUGGUGCCAUCAGACCCAUUAUCCGGCUAGUUUUUAUUUUUAGCUAGCAUGUGGGUCUGAAUUUAGCAGCACAAAUUCUGACUGAAUUACGGCCCUUUAUUUUAUUUUGUUUUAAAUUAAGAUCAACACUGUAACGCGAUUUUAGCAUAUUUUUAAACAACCAAGAUGGCCGCUCCCACCCCUGGAAGGUCCAUUAAAUCUGCCAUGGCCGCCAUUUCAAAUGAACCAGAUGAUGUAUUUUUUAGAAAACAAGACCAAACAACUGCACACGCAGCGUUCUAUGGGAAAAGUGUAGGUUGCAAAGACCAGGUCUGCCAUAGGCUGGGGUCUUUGAGGGACUCUACCCCUGAACCCACUCUUAUCUAAAUAUAGAGUAUAAAUACAGUAUAUACUAAAUAGAGCUGUGCUGUUUUUCUUCUGCUUUCAGUCUACAUGUCAAGUGAAGCCUAAAUGGUGGAUGGAGAAUAUCUCCAAAAAUGUCCUUCAAAGUGUUUUAUAUUGUAGCCUCAGAGUUGAUCAUCAAACUAUCAAGACACGCCUAUCACCAGUUUUAAUGGCCAACUCGUAAGCAUUGUGUGUGAACUUAGUACCCAUUUCAAUCAAAGCAAUCAAAGCUGGCUUCUUGGGGACCAACGGAUGACCCAAGGGGCUGCAGAAAACCCCUGUAUUCUUGUUGCAAAAUGAUAGUGUCAUCAGAUUCUUAAUGUCGUUAAUUGGCAUAAUUUUUGUAAUAUUUCAAGCGAAAUGUGGAGUUUCUUCUGAGUUUAGAUUCGAUACAUCAGAACUCAUCUCUCUGUGUAUUUUGUGUCAGGAAAACAGAGGCUUCCUUUGCCACAACUCUCUGUUAAAUACAAAGAUGUCAAUGUGUAGCAGAACUUGUCUUUUUACACAAGUAUUUCUCAGUCCACUCAGUUGAAACAAAGGACACACGCAUUAAAAAGGUGAAUGCCCCAAAGUACGUAGGUUAGCUGUAUUGAAUCUCUAUGUUUUAUAUUUGUGGUUUUCUUGUGCAGUGAUUGACCAUUAGUUUCCAUUCCUGUGAUGUUUGUUUUCUUACCAAGACCUUUCUAUAGUAAAACUUGAAUUCCUUUGAGUUUAUUUUUGUAUCACUCUCUAUGAGGUUCAUUGAAGGAGAAACUGGCGAAGGAGAUGUUGAUGCCUUAAAUCCUUGUUCUUCAUGUUGGUUUUUAGACAUUGGUUUCUAUGUUUUUAUUGUGAUAACACUGAGCAUUUGAGAAAUUCUGUACCUGAUCAAAAAUAAAAAAAGAAGACUUCUCUCAGA